CCCAUUUCAAUCAAACCAAUCUCAUUUAUAAUUCAAUUUUGUAUCAAAUACGGAGUAGAGAGAGAGUAUUAUUUUUGUAAUAUUAAAAGUGUGGAAAGCAGGUACUCAAUGCCCAAAGGCAACAGAGUUAACUCAUUACUCUCAUAAAUCAAUUAAUUUCAGCGCAUAUUUUUUGAACCCUUAAACCGCUUGUUUCUCUCUCCUUCUUGCACGACUUUCCAGACUCUGAAGAAUGAACAGAAGCUACCAACAACAAGCUACGAAUUUUCGAUUUUCAAUUGGGUUUUGUAUCUUUCUUUUUUGAUGGCUAAGCGAGUUUAUCAAGCUUGGAAGGGAAGCAAUAUAUUUUUAUGCAGUGGAAGGCUGAUAUUUGGACCGGAUGCUAGAUCCCUUAUAGUGUCUAUAGUACUUAUACUAGUUCCUGCAAUUAUCUUUUGUACUUUUGUAGCACGAAAUCUUCUCCAUAGGUUCUCUUCAUAUAAUGCUGGAUAUGCAAUUUUGGUGGUAGCCAUUGUCUUCACUAUUUAUGUAUUGGUACUUCUUUUAUUUACUUCAUCACGUGAUCCAGGCAUCAUUCCCCGCAACUCACAUCCACCUGAGGAAGAAUUCUGCUAUGAGUCUUCUGAUGCUGGUGGUAGGCCAACACCAAGUUUGCAGUUCCCACGCACCAAAGAGGUCCUUGUUAAUGGUAUCCCCGUCAAGGUGAAAUACUGUGAAACAUGCAUGUUAUAUCGUCCACCUCGGUGUUCUCAUUGCUCUAUAUGCAACAAUUGUGUGGAGAAAUUUGAUCAUCAUUGUCCUUGGGUUGGGCAAUGUAUUGGAAUGCGCAACUAUCGUUUCUUCUUUAUGUUCGUUUCAUCUGCAACCCUUCUUUGCAUCUACGUAUUUGUGUUGUCGGCUUUGUACAUAAAGUUUCUCGUGGAUGAGCAUCACAAUGUAUUGAAGGCCAUCAAAGCAUCACCAGCUUCAGUGGUAUUGAUGGCUUACUGCUUUAUUGCAUUAUGGUUUGUGGGGGGUCUCACUGGCUUCCAUUUAUAUUUGAUAAGCACAAAUCAGACCACAUACGAAAACUUUAGAUACAGAGCUGACAAUAGGCGUAAUGCUUUCGAUCGUGGUUGCAUUCCCAACUUCCUCGAAGUAUUUUGCAGUAAGAUUCAGCCUUCAAAGAACAAAUUCCGUGCAUUUAUACAAGAAGAGCCGCCAAGGACACCCAUGAGACCUAUGCCAGAGGUGGUUGAAGUAUCUGGUGACGAUAGGCGAGCUAAAGUCGAAGAUGAUCUAGAAAUUGGUGACGAUAUUCUAAAAUUAUCUCAACGCCGUGACUUUUAUAGGGUCGAGGAUCUCAAAAGAAGAGGCAGCGAUGGAUUACCCCGUGAAUCUGCUGAAUCUGAUUAUAAUCUGAGCUCGGACUUGCAACCUUCAUUGAGUCAGUUAGAGACACAUCAAUCUCGGAGGACUGCGAGUUUUGGGGCAUCACCACAUAUUCUUGCCUUCAAUUCCAUAGUCUCGGAUAGCAAAAAAGUUUGAUGCUCCCUCUCGCUAACUCAUUAAGCAUUGAUAUUGAUACUUUGAUGAAUUACGCUACACGCAUUGAUAUUGAUACCUUCACCGAUUGUUAGCUACUUGAAGGAAGGCAGGCGAAACUCAGGUAUAUAUGUUGUGAAGGAUGAAAAACUGUUCUAUGUUGUAUGUAGUUAAAAGUAUAGAUUUACCACAAGAUGGUCUGGAAUUUCUGUGUGUAAUGUUUGUACAAUUUUUUAAAGAUGGAUAUUGUGUGCUUCAGCCUUCAUGGAAAAGAUCCCAAAAAAAUUGCUCGUUGUAGAAUCAACUUUAACAUGUCUUUUCAAAACAAGAUCA